AUGGCCGAAGCGCGCGGCGUGCGAGCCUGGAUCAUCCCCAACGGAUAUGCCGGCCUGUACAACCUGGAGCAACUCACCGAGUUGACGGCGCUGGAUGCGGACCGCCGCGACGCGAUCGACUGCACGAAAGCCGGGUCGGUGGCUGGUCACUCCCGCAUCAAGAUCGCCGCGAUCCCUGACGAGAAGCGCUACGAACGGAUCAUCGCCGGACUGCGGCGCUUCUCGAUCGACGGCCUGGUGAUCGCAGGGGGCGAUGAUACCGGCUCGGUGGUUGUCGACCUGGCAGGCCGGGGAAUUCCGGUCGUGCACGCGCCCAAGACCAUCGACCUGGACCUGCAGACCUACUCGGUCGGAGGGGAUACCGCGGUCAACCGGAUCGCGCGCUUCGUCGACGACCUCAAGUCCACCGGGCGAAGCCACAACCGGGUGAUGAUCACCGAAGCGUUCGGUCGCUACGCGGGUCACGUCGCGCUGCGCGGCGGCGUCGCGGCCGACGCCGAUUGCAUCCUGCUGCCGGAGAUACCGGUCGACUUCGAUGUCGUGCACGAACACCUGAAGCGCAGGCUGGUCGGUCGCCUGCGCGCCGCGGGUGGAUUCUCCGCGACCUACACGGUGGUGGUGGCAGAAGGCAUGACGACCGCCGACGGGGGCACGGUUACCGACGACAGCGUCGCCGCCGACGCCUUCGGUCACCGCAAGCUCGCCGGUGCCGGGCGCUACGUCCGUGACCAGAUCCAGUCGCGACUCGACGACGAUCGGGAGAUCCACCAGGCGAUGCGGGAAUUGGGGAUGUACGUGCCGGGGCUCCAUGAAGCCCCCGAGGCGCGCGAAGUAGUGCCCGCGCACUUGGUGCGCGCCGGCACCACGUCCGCAUUCGACGUGGGCUUCGGCAAGCAGAUCGGCGCCGGGGCCGUGUUGCUGCUGCUGGGCGGGAUCUCGGGGGCGACGCCUGUACGAGGAGAUGGGGGUCUGUUUCGGCCGGCGGCCGCAGCGCUAUGA